AACUUUGGCGGCUCUCGGCACCCGUCUUAUAGCUACCGUAAAAGACGCAGCCGGCAUAAAUAGUGAAUAUUAUGGAAGUUAAGUCUGCGACUCAAUCAAUUGCUCUAUCUUUUAAAAAUAAUCACAUGUUUACGAAUUGACAUAACUUAAUUGUUCGAGGGUUACGUUUAACGCCACUGUAGCGUAGCGUUAGCUACUCCGCUUGGUAGCUUCGCACGCUCUCAACUCAGUCAUUUGCGUUUAGUUGUCUCGCUAAGCUGGUUUAUUAACGUAUUCAGUUCUUUUUAUGCUCACACUGGCGUUCGCCUGCUAUGAUGGAGUUUAUCUCCCAAAGGAAGAAAACACAUUUGUGGAUCAGGUCUUGGAUGACCUGGAAACAUACCAGAAGAGUAGCCCCAAAAGUGUGCUCCUGUUCCCACCUCUAUCCAGCAGGCUACGUUACCUGAUUCAUAGAACCGUCGAAGACCUACCGGAGCUCACCACCUUCUCUGUGGGGGAGAGCUGGUGUCGUCAGGUGGUGGUUUGCCCCUCAGCACUCAGAGGUGAGGCUCAGGAAGAAGACGAUGAUGGAGAGAGCAGCUUCGGUCUGGACGAAGAGCCUGUUAAAAGUCCCAAAAGACAAUCUUCCACCUCAACUCGAAUCAAAGCACCCAGAAGGCCAGACAAGGCGCUUUACACGCCCAGAGCUGCUCGGCAGAAUCUCCAGAGCCAAAACUCACAAGCCUCCCAAGGAGUCCAGGAGUCACCAACUUCAGCUUUCCUCACCAGUCUAUCGAACUCCUCCUCCUCAUCGGAGGGAAAGUCAUCACUUGUAUUAAAAGAAGAGUCAAUUCCAUUUGCAGCAGAUGGCGCCCUUGUGGACAAAACAUUAACGAAAGGAAACUUGAGUGCUCAUGAGGAUGACGUCACACUUUCCUGCCUGAGUAAAAUGUGUCUUGAGGACAAACCUGCCAAAUGUGACCUUAGUGAAGAGAUCAAGACACACCUGCUAGAAGCUGUGACGUUUACCGUGCGGCAUGUAUGCAAUGACUACUCCGCUUACGAGAAUUUUCCCAUCACCACUGAGGACUUUGCCCACGUUAUCGAGAUCUAUGACUUCCCUGCUAUGUUCAAAACAGAUGACCUCUUGGAUGCCUUUGCUGAGUACAGUGAUGGCGGGAUGAAGAUUACAUGGGUGGACGACACGCACGCCUUGGGUGUUUUUGCCACUCAAACGGCAGCAGUGCACGCCCUCUCCAUCUGCCACCCCUUGCUGAAGGUUCGAACACUCGCUGAAGGCAGCAAAAUGGCCAAAGGCAAGGCCUUUAAACGACCAGAGUUCAUCCAGCCGAUGAAGGAACGACCGAAGACAGACAGCGCUGUUGCUAGGCGGAUGGUAGCCCGAGCUCUGGGCCUGAAUAGACGAGGCCGAGGGAGAGGGCAGUGCAUCUGAAAGCUUAAAGUGUGGGCAAUUCAAGUGGCCCGUGUUUGGUUGGAUCAAACACAAUGAACGCUGUGGUGGGAACCCGCAAACCACUUUGGAUGUUUAUGUCUCUCAAGCAGACUCCAUCUUAUCGAAGGAUGAGCUCAUCGGAAUUUGAGCCAAGCUGGGAAAUAUCUACUUUGAGAGGAACACUAUAAUAAGACAGUUAAAAUUAGUUAUUGGCAGGCAAGGGGCGAUACAUGAAGCUGACUUUCUGGAAACCAAAGUAAAUAAAUAUGAAUUGUCCUUUCAGUUUCACAUUUCUAGGAUUUGAAGGAUGACAAUGAUGUGACUAAUAGUGGAGCUGUGCCAUGAGUACCACUUGCACAAGCAAACAUGUUUCCUUCUUUCUCAGAGUUUUCCUCAAAGACCCCAUCUGUUCUCAUCUCCAACAUCUGGAGAAACUAAACGGUGUAGAACUAGCUAACAAGUACAUUGUUCGUGGAGCAUGUCAAAGUCAUUGGCUGUGAUUCCGCACCUCGGGAAUGCCAGACUUUGCUGAGGAAGAAAGUAUGGCCUCUGUCCACUGAGGUCACAAAGAUCCUCUUGACUUGAAGAAGUUGAAAUGGUGGUGCUAAUAAAAGCAGUAACUAACUGUUUCCAUUUCAGAAAGAAGAUGCUUAAUGUGGUAAUGUGGUCCUUUCAAAAUAUGAUGUAGUAUAAGGGCUUGUCAAAUUCUGGAAAUUAUACCCCUCUAAAAAAAAAUUCAAAGAUGGAUUAGAAAAAAAUCAUGACUAGCAUGCAUUGAGAAACCACUGCAUGUGUUUGAUUGCAUCUCCGUGGAUACAGAAGUUUGUGGCCGUGGAAAUGAUACCCACAUGCUACAUCAUCCAUCCAUCUUCAGCAUCAUAUUUCCUCACUUGGGUAGAUUCAAACCCAUACAGAGGAAGAUACAGCUAGAUCUGCUGUGGCGGCAAGCUCUCAUAUUUCACCUAGCCCAAUUAGAGAAGAAGCCAAAUUUACAACUUUCAGUAUCAAUCUUCUUCGAACAAGUCUUGCACUCGAAUAUGCACCUGACGGAGUGACUGGUUUUCUCCCUGUUUGCAUUGACCUCCGUUUUAACUUUAACGUACACACGUCGCGUCCACUUUCCCGACUGAGCACAAAACGCCAAUUCAUGCGGUGAGUAAACACGCUGAAGGAACAUGACUGGCCGUUGCUGCGGCACACGCUCAAAGAGGUGCAGCCACACUCGGGCCAUUCCUUUCUCCUGCCACUUGAAAGGCCUCACCCAGGCUGAGGAAAUAUUUACAGGGUGGGGGACUUAACGGCAGCAACACCCCUGGAACUGUAAACACACAACAAAUAAGGAACCAGAGGGUGCUGUAUAAAUACCCCUCCUGUAAAAAAAUAGAUAAUUAGAAGCAUUAGUAAGCUGUAAAAAAUGGCCCAACUGGAUAUACACAGAUUUGCUUCUUUGAGGUGAACAGCUGUAGCUGCUGUUCUAGACAAGCAUUUCAUUUGACAUCUAUUCUGGUGCGAGUGCCAUGACAAACCCCGUUAGUCUGGCUCACAUGGGAACCCCCUGCGUCAGAGGCUUUUCAGACAUUUCCUCCCUGUCUUCUAUCACGCCUACAUUGACUUUCCAUCUGGUAUGAAAGGUGUUGACGGCAGCCAGACAUGAUGAGCUCCCCCUGCUCACAGGGUGGGAAGCCUUCUCAGUAUCUCCAAAGAGGGGGGGUGGGAGGAGAAGAUUAUGGGCCAGGAACAUGCCUGACAAAGUCAUUACUUGACUUCGGCAGAAAAUCAGACCUGCACGUGCAAGAUGACUCAGACAUUACUAUUCUUACUCAAUAGAGAAUCUGGUUUUAUGUCCUGACCAGUUCAUCAAAAGCCUUGCUUGGUCAUUUUAACAAUGCAUGACAUUAUGCAGUGUGUAUCGAACCUACCGCAUCGCUGUUGGCCUGAUUCCGCAUAAACCUGAAGCCCGGAAUGCGCUGCUGGGAGCACACCACCCCGACAUCUUCGGAAUGUUUGCAGUCGCUCACACCAAAGCCGUUGUGGCGACACUCGGCGAGACUCUUCUCCCUCCCGUUGCAAUCCACAUUGUCGAGCCAGAUUCGGCCUGCAACGGACACAAGCAAAGAAGUGAUUAGAUGGGGCUUCCAAAAGGUGACCCUGCUUUUACACCUAUACACCAAAUAGUUGACUGACUCGGGAUGUUUGGUCACCUGCCAAUACUUGCAGAACAAACGCAGCCAAGUUCAGUGAUGGCUUAUGUUGGGCAGCUGAUUCAUCUGAAUCAACUAAACCAUUAUAAGCAAGCAAACCACCAGACCGCUGGUCAUUCUGACAACAACAGGAUGUCGUGAAACAUCCUGACCAUUCCAAAAACGUGACUCCAUGUAAGACUGUCCGUCAACUGGAAAAAAAUUUUAACGUCUCAAAAUAUGUCUGUUUCCCAGUUUGGCGUCCGUCAGUGAUAUUACUCUUAAAUUCUUUUUGCAAGUCUUACGGGGAUUGAAUUUAGAGAGCAGUUAGCUUUUUAUUGCCAUUCUAAGUUGCGCAAUGUUCCCAAAAUCAUCUGAAUAACAAUCAGAUUCUGUGCCGUAGCAGCUUAAGCAAGUUACGACCUUAAAUGGCUUCUCCAAAGUCAUCUCCGUUUGUUUUACACAUUGAGGUUGCAAAUGUUUUAUUGUUGGCGGCUAAAAAGCAUGUAAACAACUCGACAUGGGAAAACAAUAACGACUACUGGUUGUCUACUUUUUUUUUACUUAAUCUAUUUAAAAGCAUCUGUUUUUCUUCUCUUUUGGUCCGUGAUGCAUUACUCAUAAUGAUAGGAGAUGGAAAAAUCCCCUUAAUUACUUUUAUGGCCUUGUGUUUCCAAAAACAACAGUAAGAAAACAGCUCAAUUGUUUCCAUGCAAACUGAUACAAACAGCUUGCAGGGUGUUUCCAUACACACCUCGCUACCUAUUUUCAUCCACCCACUUAAUAACCACUGUGGCUUAAGUUUCGUUACUGAUUGCUUUUUUAACGACCAAAGUUAGAUCACAAGAUACUUUGUUAGUUACUUUCAAAAGACUUUGACAAUUCAGGUGAAUACAAAAAUAGUAACUCAUUGAACAGUAAUUUUAAUCAGACUACUAUACUAGAUCAACGCGUUUGAUUUCUAGUUACUAAAAAUGAUGCGAAACAUGUUACUGGAACCAUCACAAUAAACAGCCGCUAUCAUUUAAAAAUCAUCGUCAAGCAUAUGACAAUGAUCAAAAUAUUUGGCUUCCAUCUUGAUACACAAAGCUUGAUAGAGUCGAAAAAGUUACGCUUCAGCGGAGCAAAUAUGUAAGCAAGUACGUCACACGCAACUGCUAUUGUUUAUAACAAGGGCUCCACUUGUUUAGCUCAAAGUGUUUUGCAUAUAUUAGGUGUAUCAUUUCAAGCAUGUUAUUUCAACAUUUAAGCAUGGCUGCCAGCUCACAUUCAGCAGCAACUGCUCCAGAGGUAGGAAUGUCAUCAGUUUGUUUUUUCUUUUUUGCCACACCCUUAACCACACACACACACACGUAUGGUCAGUGCUGAUUGCCAUGUCUCAAUCGCUUUGCUUCGCUGAUGAGACAAAGACAAAAUAUGCAAGCCUAACCAACGACAUGCUGGCUCUUGGCUCCUGAGUGGCCUCCUCCGGCCUUUGGAUUGGAAAAUGUGAAAUCAAAUGCACGUGAAAGGGUCGGCGGGGAUUUUGCUUACCGUGUCCCUUGCCAUACUUGGCUGAGGGUGUCCAUGACUCAGCGUCCACAAAGCCGAGUUCUCUGCACACCACCUGGGCAGCGUAGAUGGAGAAGUCAUCAUCGCAGACUGUUCCCCACUCGCCGUUGUAGAGAACUUCUAGUCGGCCCUCGUGUUUCUUCCGUUUCGCUCCGACUAGACGUAGCUGGAUAGCUGGCGUGCCUGACUCCCGUUGGGCAUUGCACAGCAGCCAUGUGCAGAGCAUGAUGCAUAAGAGGCUGAGGUCCAAAGAGCUUAUUGCUCGGCGCAGCAUGAUGCAGCUGAUGGGAGAGAAAACAAAGAGCAAAUUGCAAGAUUGCUUUUACAUUUGAUAACAUUUCCUAAAGCUCAAUCUUUGAUGCUUACUAACGUGCACUCUACCAAGGCACACUGAAGUCUGACUGUUUUUAUGCUUGCGGGCAGUUUGUUCACAUUUUGAGCCUUCUUUGUACACCUUCCAAUCUAUUGGAUGCUAUUUGGUGAUGUUUGAAUAUUAAUUAUUUUCCAUAUGCAAAACGUUAAACUGAGGGCUAGAACGGAUCUGGGCAAAGGGAUGAGAAGAGAGCAAUUUGUGGUGUGUGGAACUUUGAAGGAGUGAAGUUUUGUAAAAGUUAUGUUUGGCUACGAGUAGCCUCCUCCUCAGGCCUCAACAGCUUCACGAGAAUCACUACCAGAUUUUUAUCUCAAUGUAUCCCAAAAAAUUACAUGUGGCUGCAAGGAAUAUCUUUUUUGAGAAAGAUUUGAGAUAAGUAAUCUCUCUUUCUAUGACAGCCUAAUGAAGAGCAAAUGUUGGCUCCUGCAGAAAAAGUGCCACCCCUGUCAUUUAUCUCAACGACGCCCAGAGGUUCUGCCACUGAGGUUCAGUGGAAAGUCUAGCCUGCCUCAUUAUUUCAUGACCAACCAUGCAAUUGUCAGGAGGGACACAGAUGCCCUCAGGGAGGAAUGUUUCAGGACUUCAAGGAAGGCGAGACAGUGAAAGUGGGAGGCACAGAGGAAGACCUCCACGUCACUUUUAAGCGAGGGGGAGGAAAUGGUUUUAGGGUUGACGUCAUAGCAACUGUGGGAGCACGCAUGAGAGCGGAACCUGGAGAAGACAUUCAAAAAAUCAGACGUACUCUCUUUGGCUUCAUCAUCUUCUUGUGGGAGGACUGUGACACCUUUCAGCCAUAUAUGGACUGUGAGCAUUGUAUUUUAGUUUCAUGGAUUUUGUAUGAUCUGCAGAGGGAUUUUCUGUUCUGAUACAUAAGGCUUUUGUAUUAAAUAUAGUCACAUGAUAGUGUUAAGCAAGGAUACUCCAAAUGAUCAUUGUAGGUGACAGCAACAAAUGUGAGGUGAUGUUUGUAAACUGUUUUACAUUGAAUUUAUGAGUAAAUAAAUGAGUAUAACGGUUGCGUUUAAAAUGACCAAGUUCAGUGCGUUGUCCAUUAUAUGAUAAUAAGUGACAUAAGUGGACUGCAAGGAGUCCAGUUUGACCAGGUGCCACUAAGAAUCUAAGUUUCGUGGGCUUCAAUUUGCAGCUAGACAAUUAGAAUGAAUAAAUUAACAAAAUAUCAUGCUAUAAGAACGAGGGGCAAGCAGCAAAACUUAUGCAAUUACUUUUUGAGUAACACAUGAGACAUACAAAAUGACCUCAAAUAUUGCAAGGAAGAUCAAUCUUACUUGUGCAGAAGAAGGGUCCUCGACUUGAUGCGUUCACCUUGUGUGAGCCUUUGAGGUGUUAUGCAUUGCGUCUUCGUUCCUUUUUGUACUUUUGCUGGCGCUUCUCGCAGCUCCCCUCACAGCUGGCAGCGACCUCCCGUCCCACUCCUCACGCUCAUGGCAGCCAAUCAGCGGCGGCCUCAGCAUCCUGACCCCGCCCCUCUCAUCCCACCCCCGCUCCAAGCACCACCGGGGUUACACAAACACACCAGAACUUGGCCCUGCAUCCAUCAUAUAGGAAACCUAUACUGUACUUUACAUUCCAUUCUCCGUGUAAAUGUACGGCUUGUGUUUUUGUGUUCCUAAUUCUCUGAAUUUCAAUGUCUGGGGUUUUUGUUUUCUUCAAAAAGACAGACUGCGGGUUUACAAAGUUUGUUGAAGUUAGAGUUAGACCACAUCCCAUAAUGUCCCCACUAGAAUCAGACAUAAAAUUAUAGGAUGUUGUGUUUUUGUGUGGCCGAAAGUUCAAACUUCCUCCAGCUCCCAAUGUGUCCGAUUUUUGAGAAAUAAAAUACGCUCAGAUUAUUGGCGUGUGUAACUCUCUUUAGCUAAUAGGAGAGGAGAGGAUUAUUACUUAAAACAUUAUCACUCAACAAAUAUAAAUGUAGAUUCUUACCUGCAUCCAAGACAGAGUUAAUUGCAUGUUUGUUUCUAACGAUGUUAUCAAUGUGAGAGUUCAGAGGCCUCAUCUUAUCUGUGAAGUCAAGUCGCAACAGAAUUGUAAAGGCUGCAACACAUCACCAACCUUUCACAGGUAAGUGACCACCUUGCCUUUUUGUAACAUUUCCAAAUUCAAAUACCUCAGACGUUAGUGGCCGAACAAGGCUGCGGCAGCAAGAAAACGUGGUGUAGUAGUCUGUACGAUGACAAAAAAAAAAAAAAGCCAUUGGCGGCUGUUGUUAGCUUAAAGUGAGCAUCUGCUGGAGCAAAGUUGUGGAGUAAAACAGCAAACACUUUUUAUUUAGGAAUGCACAAAAUAUACCUUUGAGUAUACAGGAGUACUAAUUCCAUAUACAAACAACAAGGCUUUUCAUCAAGUAUAAAAUGUACAAUAUUUUUAUGUUCAAAAAUUCACUGCAACAGAAUGUCAUUUGUCAUUAUUUUUUGGCAAUAGAUUGUGCUGAAAAGACUCUUCCAUGAAUCAGACCAUCCAUCCUUCCAUCCAUCACAUGACUUCUUCUUCAUCUUCCCUCGGGUUCAAUCAGACCUGAGAAUGCCGUCAAUGCUGGAACGUGUUUGAACAGCAAAUACACAUUGCGUGCAAUCACGUGGAAGUGGAUGGACGUGCGAGACGUGCACUUUGGCCACAAGAGACGAAUGACUGCAUGAGGAGCUUACGGUAACACGUGUUUUUCUCUUUUUACAAAAUAGACACAAUAAAGGCACACCGUAUUUGGAAAACAUGAUAGUGACAAAAAAUGAUGGUCGUGCUUGCAAACUUGUGAGCAAGAGGUUGCAUGAUUCAGUUUUUCCAUGUGCUCUUCUUCUAAAUGAUCCCACAAAUGUCGGUGGAAUAAAACUCAUGAUGUCAUUA